CUUUGAACCCAGGCAAUGAUAUUACCGCGGCCUUCAGAAAUGAUACGAUAUAAAUCAUAUCAAAGGAGAUCGAAACGGACACUUUUGGAGGCAAACGAGCAGACGGAUCACCUGAUGGUAAGUGAUUACCGUCGCCCAUAGACACCCGCAGACCCAGGGGCGUUACAGGUGCGUUGCCGGCCUUUAAGGUCCGAACAGCUGGAAACCAACAGUUGAGAACAUGAAAAAUCUCUUUUUUCCAUCGCUGGAGAUUUGCUGAUAACAAUUCAAUUGUGCACACCAAUGCGUUCAUCGUGUACUGCCCAGGAAUGUUCCGCUCCGAGGAAAUGACCACCACCACAGCAAGAUGGCUCAUCGACAUUGGAAGAUAUGGAUGAGAAUCGCACUCAUACCUUUCGCCCUGCUAUCCUCAUCCAUCGCGGAUUUCACCACAGAAUGCCAAAGACCCUGCGACUGCCGAUGGCAAUCCGGCAAUAAAGCCGCCAUCUGCUCCAACUCCAGCCUAAAAGUCAUCCCUGCAAACCUCAGCAGCGACAUCCAAAUACUAGACCUCUCAAAUAAUCAUCUAGAACAAUUACACCAAGAAGCCUUCAAAAAAGUCGGCCUCAGCAACCUCAAGAAACUCUUCCUCAGAGAGUGCAGUAUCGACACUGUCCACAAGCAAGCCUUCACAACUCUAGCCAUCAUGAUCGAGUUGGAUCUAUCGAAAAAUAAAAUCCGCUAUCUGCACCCGGACACGUUCAAAGGCACUGAGAAACUAAGAUUAAUAAACUUGAGCAAUAACUAUAUUGACAAGCUGGAAGACGGCAUAUUCCGCAAUUUGAAGUUCCUUCAGAAAGUAGAGGUGAGCAAUAACAGGAUAGUCAAGAUCGGGACGAGGGCGUUCGUCAAUUUGCCCCAGUUGAAGAUCCUGAGAUUCGACGGAAACAAUUUGAGUCACAUGAAGCCGGAAACUUUGAUGGCGCUGAGAAAUUUGUCGGGCUUGGAUUUACACAACAACCCGUGGCGGUGCGAUUGCAACCUGCAAACAUUUAGAGACUGGGUGAUCAGUCAUAACUUGUACACGCCGCCAACUUCGUGCGCCGAGCCUGCGACGGUGAGAGAGAAACUUUGGAACGAAUUAGACUCUUCGAACUUCGCUUGUCGGCCUACGAUACUCGAGCCCCUCCCGGACUCGACAGUCAAAAGUUACGAUGAAAACGUGACUCUGACUUGUAAAGUCGUCGGGAAUCCGACGCCCGAAGUCGUGUGGCGGUUCAGUGGGAAAACAAUUGAAACACGCGCGUUCGGUGAGAUCAGAUACGUUAUGACAGAGAAUACUGUGGAUUUGAUUAGAUGGGUAAACUUGACUAUUCUACACGCUCGAUACAGCGAUAGAGGAAACUAUACAUGUGUAGCUGAAAACCCUGGAGGUAGAGAUGAGAAGACGCUCACCCUUGUUCUUUCUAAGUACUCAGGCGCUGGAACUAUAGCGGGGAUGGACGCCGACUCGUUUGCUAUACUAGUCGGCUGCUUGAUAGCGAUAGUGAUAAUUUUCGGGGCAACCCUAUUCGUUUGCUAUUAUACUACGCAGAAUAAUGAAAUUAAAAGACUGAUUAAGACCGACACGCGGUCGUCUAAUGGAGACGCGUUGAUAGAAGGGUCUGUGGCUUCUGAGAUAGACAAGGGGUUCAAGACCGAGGUGAACCCUAUCACCAAGCCUCCGAGGAAAUUUGAGCCUCCACCGUCCUUGACUUGCAAAGCGACAGAGAUGUCAGAGCUCAACAAAACGUUGCUGGACAACGACUCCAUUUUAGCCUCUAAUGAAGAUACAAGCAGGCACGCUGAUAUAGAAAUGCCGAAGAUAUCGCAAGAGACUCUUCUCAUGGAUCACCUCACUCAAGAACAUCAAGCGUAUCCUCCAGACCUCCUCUCGUUUCCAUUACGAGGAUCCACGCAAAUAUCUCCAGCAGGGGGCAGCACUUCAGGCCAGGAGAGAAUAGCUCACGGAAACCUUGACAGCCCGUUGAAAUCGCCGGGGUAUGGCGUCACAGCCAUACCUUCCAUGUAUUCUAGAUUCCAGUCCCCAAACUUCCAAGGAUCGACGCCGUUGAUCGGCUCGAAAGCUGGCUACGUGACUCUCCCAAGAAGACCAAAGGGGAACAUUCCAGAAAGCAGUUUGCGACCUCAAGUCUUCUCCACUCUAAACGGCGUGAUUCCAUAUUAUGAUCACUUAAACUCCAGACUAUUUUCUUACGGAGGACAUUACUACAGCUUGAACAAAAGCGAGAUGGAUUUAGGUCCGAUCAGCAAAAUGGGGUCUGGUUUCUUGGAUUCGGAAGAAAUCGAGCCAGCUCCAUCUCCUGCGCCUGGCACUCCUCAUGCUACCAUUCCAAGGAACAGCUUGAGUUCGCCAAACAUCCACAACCAAUUGCUGAUGCUGCAAGCUAUGUCUAUGGCUCAGGGUCGUGGGAAGAACUCUGAGACGAGGCCUCUGAAAGUCAUGCUCUCUGAAAGUGAAAGUCUCCUAAAGAAUCCAAGGGAUCUGCGAGUGGGGUACAGUGUGAACGUGGUGAGUGGUACUUUAGGUAGGACAAAAGUUCCCAAACCUCCUCCAAAACCUCGGAAGAGGAACUCUUGUGAAGUGAAAGAACCGUUCCUGUUAAACGCUGGUGAGAAUGCCACGCAAGUGUAGAUUUAAGCGUAUAAUAAUAUAAGGUGUGUUUUUGUCUGACUGUGUUCCAGAUUUAAUACCUAUUUACAUAUAAACCAGCACAUUAAAUCCAUACGAAAAUAAACCUUGUGCUUUGGGAUUUAAAGUUGAUGGCUUAGCUGGGACACAGUUUUGCUUGAAUACGUCUUAAGUUUUUGUAUCUUUUUAUAAGUUAUCUUCAAGUGAUAUUUACAAGGUAAUCAUAAUUGGUCAUUAUCAAUUUGCUUCAUUUAUGAUGUUUAUUUUAAUUUUGAUUUAAUUUCUAGGAAGAAAGAUAAGAUAGAGAAGUUACAAAGACAUUUGCAAACUGACUCAAUCAAAGGACAAUAGUACAUAAUAAUCCUAAAUACAAUUAUGUAGAGUAAGUACUUAGAUUCAGUCAGGUUUUAAACUCAAUUAAGUAAUUUAAACUUAGGAAGUGUCCUAAGUUUUAUGUCAACUAAUGUGAUUAUUUGACUCCUAUUCUUCCUAAAAAAAUAAAUUUUGUUGUUUUAUAUUGCAACAAAGGUCUGAAAUAAUACUGAUAUGUUGUUGCAAUUCAUGAAGGCGAGUGAGCUUUACAUGUCUGGUAGCUCGCUACUGUUGUUUUUCUAAAGUUUUGAUAGACAUUACACUAUCGUUAUAUGCAAUUAUGCAUGUACACGUACACACACAAGUAAAGCUUACUCGCCUUCGUGAAUGAGGGUUUUCGCGAUUGAAAAAUCCGCCAGAUGGCAAUACGUAGACGGGAGGUCCAAAUGCUGCAUGAUUGGUGGAUUUUGACAUAUCUGUCAAUGUCAUGUCAAAAAUAGAAAAAACUUUAAUAUUUAUUAGAAAACCUACUACCUACUACAUAGAAUUUUAAUAACAAGCAAGUAGUUGGGUAAAACUUUCCCCAGGCAUACCAAAAACCAUCUUAAACUAUAGUUAUUUUAUUUAUCUAAAUGAGAUGCAAAAUUACGUGUAAAAGAAAGACAAUUUAUUGAGUAUCCUAACUUUUAUAUUUCUUUUCUUUUUAAAUACUGGGGCAAUUUGAUUAAAUAUGUGUUAAUUUGAGUUAAAACUAGUGCCUGGAUUAAUUCAGUCGGUACUUUGGUAAAUUGGUUUUGUUUGUAAUCCUAAUUACUACCGCCAGUUAAAAUUAAAAUGUAUUGCUUAGAAUUUUUAUUACAAGGACUUAUUUCAUAUGUUUUAUUAAAGCAUUAUAUUGUAAUGUUAUAUUUUAAUUUUAAAGAUUAUAUAAACGUGUUACUCCUUCAUGUAAGUACUAUUAUUAUUAUUUUAACUAGUAGUUUAUAAAUGGCUAGCGCAAAAGCUGAAUGAAAUGUCCUCUCGACCAAAUUAUACUUAUGCCCGUUUUUUUCACCAUCAAUCCCUAAUUUUUAAAUUACACCUAUGAAAAAAGAAAUGCUAUUAAGUGUUACCUUAAGGGUCACUUAAAAUUAGGGAUUGAUGGUGAAAACGGGCAUAAGUCGAACGUGUGUUCAAGUUCUGCAUUGAUCACAAUUAUUACUCCAAUUCUAGAUUGUGUUUAACCCGAUCGAGGUAACUGCGCACCUCGUUAAAAUGCGACUCUCCCUCGCACUUACCCGCUCACCUCCCCGCAUUCGCCCCGUUCGUACUAGGCUUGUUCUUACUCGGACACUGAACGGAUCGCUCCGAACUAGUACAAUCGGUCAAAUGAACUAGUUCGGUCUUCUAGUACUAUUAGUUCAUUUUAGUACACUGAUUCUAUUAGGUAGAUCGAACGAAAAAAGUCUUUAUUUCUAUGUGUUUAUGGUCCAAUAUCGAAAAAUACUCGCAACACAAUUACAGAGCCUUACCCAUCUCACUCGCGCUCACAUGUCACUAAUCUCACGUCUCAUUCUAGCACUCCUAGUUCAUUUUAGUACCGAUUUUUUUAAUCAGAUCGGACGAAAAACGUCUUUAUUACUAUCACCUUAUAGUAGAAUGUCGCAAAAUACUCGCAAUACACUUACAGAGCCGAAUCCAUCUCGCUCCCGCGCGCUUGUAACCAAUUUCACGUCUCGUUCACACCUAUUCAUUCGUGAUCAGCUGUACUAAAGUGAACUAAAAGACCGAUUUGAACGACCAAUACGGAAUAGUUCGUUCUCGUUCACAUAAAGGAAUUGCUUCCUUUAGUACUUUAGUACAUGUACUACACAAGCCUAGUUCGUACCAGAGCGUCGAUGUGACGUCACGGCCGCCAGUUGCGAAGUUAUCUCGACCGUGUUAUAUUAAUAACCAAAAUUGGUUUUGUGACCCUAUUUAUUAAGAAACCCACUCCAAUGAUUAUUAAGUUUUAUGAUGUCUACUUAUUUGUUAAUUAUAUUUAUAUGAUAUUUUUUGUAUAACCUACGAGCAUGCGCCUAAAAAUGAAGGAAGAUAUUUCAAUAUCAGUCUUUUUAUUUUACUGUAUUUACUUUUCUAUGAUUAUGAUAAAUUUUAUUGAUCUUCGUUAGAAAAUGAAAAUACUUAUUGUAAAUUUAUAAUAAUAGAAUUCAAAUAUUGGUGCUUAUACGAAUAAUAACUAAAUUGCAUUGGUUAUACUCUUCCAAGCUUUCUUUCAUACAAUCAAUAAAUAGGCAAAUAGAUGUAUAUAAUUAGUUGAUUUGUAUAAAUUAUACACCGUGUUACUUUGCAUUCUUGCCAUAUUCACAGAGAUAAAAGUAGGGAACAAUACCUAUUAUUUAAUAUAAACAAGAGACUCCCAUAAAGAAAGUACACUGAGUUUUUAGUAAAUUUGGUUUUGCAGUACAAAUUGGAAUAAACCAAUUUUGUCUCGCACGUUCUACAGGCGCAAUUGGAAUAAACCUAGUGGGCGUGGCCUAGUUCUUAUUAAUCUGUGAUGUUUUAUGGCUCUGGGUACCAGCCUUUUUAUCCAGUCAUAAUAAUUAUUUUAAAAUACUCUUCAGUUGAUUUUAGAUUUUCCUUUCUGCUCUCAGUUUCUACUUUUCGGGCUUAGGACCGUCAAAAAUACGUAAUAAUUAUUAGGCUUUUAAUUAAUUUAUAACAUUGUUCCCUAUUUUUACAAAUUAAUAAAUUAAGUAUGAAAUGAAAUCACCUUGUUCACAAAUAAUUAUUUAUUGAUAAUUUGAUAAGUUCCUACUUACAAAGUUUACGUACUGCGAAGCAAGUGUUCAAAGUGUCCGCCGUUCUGAUGAAGGCAAAGUCUAGCACGGCGAAGCGUAGGUAUUUCGCUUUAGUUUUCGCAACACAUACACGUUUUAUCUCACAAUUUCGCUGAAACAAUCCUUUCACGUAACACGUUUACACUAGGUUUACACUAUUUAUCUCUUCUGCGCAUACCAGGUCGUUUCAAGUCACUCCAAAAAUAAUAGUCCAUUGGUGUUAGGUCCGAGGAUCGUGGUGGCCAAGCUACUGGAUUCCCUCUUCCAAUCCACUGUUCACCAAACGUAUUAUUCGCGCACUUGACGUCCUUAUUGUGGGGGAGCACCAUCCUGCUGGUAGUAGAGCAUUUGGUGUAACGCUAAGGGUACGUCAUCAAGCAUUUCGUCUAAGACGUCUUGCAGACACUCCAAGCACCAUUUUGAUUAAAUUGUUCGUUGUUUGAAUACACUUCAGUCAUUUUUGUAUUAUUUGUAACGUGAUUUGUGAUUGAUGGAUUUCUCAGUUUUUUACAAAAGUGUCAAAAAGACAUUUUAAAGACAAUAGAUUGCAAUAGAUAUUUAAAAAUACAAUAAAAAGUAAAAAAGUCUCCAUCGCCUUCGCUAACAAGUGAUGUGCAUGUGUUACGAUAAUUAGUGAUGUUUUUAACUGAUUGUCGAUAAAAUAAAAUAUUCAAAAUUAAAAAUCAAAAUUUUCGGGCAUUAUUUUUUAACGGAUUUGUGUUCAGUAUCAGUAGUAAAGUUACCUCUGUAAAUAUGGCAAGAAUGCAAAGUAACACCCUGUAUAGUUAAAAGAUUUUUUGGAUCGACAGUAGAAAAGAAAUAGUGGAAUUUUACAUUUUCAUUGAAGACAUGGCUCUAUAAUAUACAUUAAAUAUUAUAUAAAAUGUAUAAAUGUAAAUAUUAGGUAAACAAAUUAUGUAUAUGAGAAUAAUAAUUAAAUUAUAUUAUUAAUAAAAUAUGGUCAAGUAAAGAGAGAAUGCUAGAUGGACCAAAUCGGGGUGAAUGAAUUGUGUAUAUUAAAAGGUGUAAUUAAUAAAUACAAUUUGAAAUUUUA